AUGACUUGUCGGUUUUAUGAUGAUGAAUCGAUACCCAGGCACAAUAUACCAGAUAUCGAAUGCUACCUAAAUUAUCCUCAAGUUCCCCUAGAAAUCGCUGUGGAACCAUUAAUUGACAUUAUACCAACUGUGACGAAAUAUGUUAGAAUGGCUAAAGAAAUGUGUUCAAAUCCACCCGAUCGACUAACUCCUGAUGAAUCAGCAUCUAUAUAUUUGUAUACUAUAGAACCUGUUGGUAUUUAUCGAAAAUUGAACGAGGCAAUUGAAACUAAACAACAAGACGUCCUGGAACCAUGGUUUUUAUAUUUGAAGUUAUUUCAUGUGGCUCUCAGUAAGCUGCCAUCACAACGAAAAUCAGUUUGGCGUGGAAUAAACAAAGAUAUUACAAUAGGCACUUCUGAUCUGUUCGUAAGCGGAGCCACGUUUACAUGGUGGCGUGUAACGUCUUGCUCGGCUAACAUCAAAAUCGUUAAAGAAUUCAUGUUGCAACAUGCACAGAAUACCUUAAUAAUGAUCAAUUGUACGAGCGGAAAACGUGUGGAUAAACAUUCAAGUUAUCCAGAUGAAGAAGAAAUUAUUUUACUACCAGGUACACAGCUGAAAGUUGUUGGAGAUUCAUUCGAAUUAAACGGUCUUCGUGUGAUUCAUCUACAUGAAAUUGAAAACAAUAAAAGAGUAAGUGAAACAGUUUCAUCGAAUGGUGCCGAAAAAACUUCAGACGAUUCUCAAUCCAUCACUCCUGCUAUAUCAGUCACAUCUCUCGUUGGUUCUUAUGCUUCUACUGCUGCUUCACUUGUAUCAACAGUAUUAAAGAAUACCACUGAUUCAAUAGUCUCUUCUCCAUUAACUACAUCUGUCCUGAAAACAGUGACAAGUAAAAUUUCAGCUACAACGUUUAAAAAUGGAGAUCGAUACGAGGGGCAAAUGUGUAUGGGAAUGAAAAAUGGCUAUGGUGCAUAUAAAUGGACUUCCGGUGGUGAAUACAUUGGUGAAUGGAAAAACAACGAUCUUCAUGGAUACGGACUUCGAAUAUGGGCAUCAGGAGACGAGUAUAGUGGGCAAUGGAUCAACAACAAACGAGAAGGUCAUGGAAAAUACAUCUGGUCAAAUGGAAACCAAUAUGAUGGAGAUUGGAUCAACGAUAAAAAGUGGGGUACAGGUAUUUUUACGUGGGCAUCGGGUGAUAAAUAUGAUGGUCAAUAUGAGAAUGACAUGAAACAUGGUCAUGGUACAUAUACAUGGUCGAAUGGAAAUAAAUAUACAGGAAACUGGAAAGAAGAUGACUGUACUGGAAAGGGGACUUUUAUAUGGCUCGAUGGAAGAAAAUACGUUGGAGAUUUUGUUGCAGGUGAGCGAAGUGGCUUUGGAAUUCAAACAUGGCAAUGCGGAGAUGAGUAUAUUGGACAAUGGGUCAACGGCACACAAGAAGGUCAUGGAAAAUACACCUGGUCGAAUGGAAAUCAAUAUGAUGGAGAGUGGAUUGACGGUAGAAAGUGGAGUACAGGAAUUUUUACAUGGACAUCGGGUGAUAAAUAUGAUGGUCAAUAUCAGAAUGACAUGAAACAUGGUCAUGGUUUUAUUACAAAACUUCUCGUUUUGACAAUCAUUAUGGACGACGAACAUGAUAUAAAUGAUUUUAAGAAAAUUUAUAAUGGUUUAAUUCAAGAACGUGAUAAAUUAUUGGAUGAAAUAGUCCAAUUACGUUGUGAACUUGAUACAAAUGCAUUGAAAGACAAUGAUCAAAAAAGGCAAAUUCGUGAAGCUAAAGAACAAAUAAUUACUUUAGAGGAAAAACUUGUUCGAGAAAAAAAUGAAAGUAUCAAAGAAUCAAAAAAACGAAUAGAAUUUGAACUUCAAACAAGAAAAUCAGAUUUCGAAAUGAAAAAUACUGAAUUUGAAGUUCAAAAAGCACAACUUGAAAGACAAAAACCAGAAUUUGAAAAGACAAAAAAAUAUGUUAGAAAAUUAGAAGAAGAUAAUGUUCGUUUAGAAAAAGAUAAUGCAAUUCUUCAAGUAGAAAUUGAUCAUGCUCGUAUAGAAUCCAGUAAAUGUGUUAUGAUAAAUGAAAAACUUGUUAAUGAUUGUGCAAGUUAUGUAACUAAAUCGCAUGAAAAAGAUAAUGAACUUGUACAAUUACGCAAAGAACGUGAUGAUGAACAAAUGAAAAAAGAUCAACUUAAGAAAAAGUUACAAGAAUUUAAAAAUCAAAUUGGUGAAAUUGAACAACAACGAGAACGCUUACGUUUAACAAUAUCAUCAUUAGAACAAGACAUUAAUCUAUAUAAAAAGAAAGAAAAUGAAAAUAGUCGACAAUUUGAUAUAUUAAUUUGUGAACGUGAAAAUUUAAAUAAAACAUGUCAAAAAUUAAUAAAUGAUAAUCGAAAACAAAUAGAUGAAACGAAAAUGAUUGAGCAAUCAAAAACAACUUUAGAACAAGACAUUAAAAAUUAUAAAGAAGAAAUACAGAAGCAACAAAAGAUUAUCCUUCAAAUCAAAAAAGAACGAGAUAGUUAUAUAACUAACGCUUAUACAUUAACAAAUCAAGUUUUUCAAUUAAUGGAUGAAGCUAAAAAGAAAAAACAGGAAUUAUCUGGACACAAGCAAAAAAUUGAUGCAUUACAAUCUCAAUUAAAACAAGCACAACAAUUGAAUGAAACGAUGAUAUUUGAUCGUAGUUUGCAGUCGAAACAUUCGGCUGAAUAUCGAGAUGAAAUUGGUGGCUUGAAACGUAAAUUAGAAAUCACAAGUCAUCAAAUGGAUCAACUAAAAGUCGAAAUGCAAGAUAAAGAACGAGAAUUAGUACACACACAAGAUGAACAUGACAACGUUAAAAAAGAAAAAAAACAAUUAAUGCUUACUAUAAAACACUUAAAUAAUGAAUCGAAGAAAAGAGAAGAAGCUCGUAAAAUUCGACAAAUCGAAUUUGAAAAUUUAAAUAAAAAACUGUCGAAGGUCAAUGAAGAACAUGAACAACAAAUAAAACGAUUAAAAAAAGCUAUUUCUGAACGUCAUGUUCUUGGUACACAAUUGGUUCGUCGCAAUGAUGAACUGGCACUUCUUUAUGAAAAACUUAAAAUUCAGCAAUCUGUCGUAAAUAGCGGCGAACUUCAAUACAAAACUCGUCUUGAAGAUAUACGCAUACUAAAAUUAGAAUUAAAAAAAUUAAGUCAUGAAAAUUCUAAUCUAUUAGAUAAAUUAUCCCAUACAGAUGAUCUCAAACGUGAAUUAUUUCAUAGUCAACGUGAAUUAAUAUGUGAACGCACACGUAGUCGUACAUUAGAAGAAGAAUUACAAAAUCCAAUGAAUAUACAUCGUUGGAGAAAAUUAGAAGGUAGUGAUCCAUCAACAUUUGAAUUAAUACAAAAAGUUCAAUUACUUCAAAAACGUUUAAUACAAAAAACAGAAGAAGUUGUACAAAAAGACUUAUUAAUACAAGAAAGAGAACAAUCAUACGCUGCACUUAAACAUAUUUUAGGUAAUGUUAACGUUUGA